AAUUAAAUAAUGUACAAAUGAUUUUUUAAGAUGUCAUGACCUACUUGGCAGAGGAGUUUAAGAUUCAUAUCCUCCUGAGUAUGUUGUGCAAUACUCCCCAUUUCCCACACGCACAGUAGCUUCCUGCCUGUGCUGCCUCUACACUACAGUCAUACCUUGGACCAGCCUGCCUGCACGUCCCUGUCUUCCUUCCCAUAAGACUUGAGCUGAUCAAGAGAGGCAUAAGGAAGAUCUUGAGCCAGGACCAAAGUCUGUACUGCUGUUACAAAAAUGACCUCUGCCCAGUUUUCCCAGCAGCUUUAGAAGCCUUUGCUGAUCAGCUACACUCUGCAGACUAAGACCAAAGGCAACCGCCCCUCCCCAGUGGAGUCUGAGAGUUCUAGCUAGUCUUCAAUUCCUGAGCACCUGGGCAGGAUUUUCAGUGGGAAGGCUGCUGUGGGGUUCUGCCUGCCUCUUAGCCACUUCAGGUAUAUCAAAGCAAAGUGGAGAAAGAACUCAGGAGGCCAGAUGCCACCUCAGUUCCUGCUGAAAUCACCCCCUCUCACUGCACUCACUGCAAGCAUCGCAUCCAGUCCUGAGAGCUCCAGAACACAUUAAAUAUUCAUUAAAAGCCAAACGCUGCUUUCCCAACAUUUGACUAAAUAAUGAAAGUAUAGAUUUGUCCCAUCUCUGCUUUUGAAUUGCUCGGUUAUACAUAGCACUAAAUUAUAGUUCUAAUGAAAUCAGUUUAAAAGCAUAAGGAAAGGAUCUCUGUAGUUUAUUCCUGCCUCGAAGUUCCUCCUAAUUUAACCAUAAACUAAACAGACUUAUAAAAGGUUUAUGGGAGGACAGUAAAGUGAAGUUUUUAGUGCAAAGGUUGCUUAUGUAAUUAAGCAUACGCUCUAUGACAUUCUGUAUAAUCUGAAGUGGUUUCUAUGAAAUUAACAAAUACUUAUAUCUAUUUUAUUUCUCUACCCAUUAAUGCCAAAAAGUAAAGCAAAAGGGAGAGGGAAAGUCUGGCUUCUCAGCAGUGUCAGCAUCUACAAUUUAGACAUUGAAACUACAGAUGUCGCUAAAGCCUUAUCCCUUUUUUCUUGGAAAUAAGCCAUUAAAUUUGAUUAGACUUCUCAUUAGCCUUCCUUUCCACUGCUUCUCUACCUCCACACACCACAUUAGGACAAUCCUGUGUAAGUUGUUUAGAAAUGGCCUCUAAUGCAGAAGAGGAAAUCAGGCCCAGUGACAAACCUGAAGUCUCAGCCACUCCGAAGGCUGAGGCAGGAGAGUACCUGAGAACAAGCAACAUUGCCCUGUCUCAAAAAUGAAAAUAAUAAUAAUAAUAAUAAUAAUAAUAAUAAUAAUAAUAAUAAUAAAUGAGACUGCCAUUCGGAUGAUUCUCUUAGCUACUUUGUCAUAAAUUGCUUUGUAUGUGGCUUCCAGGUUCAAACUGGCCAUUAAGUAAUACCCCAGGCUUCAUGGUAUCUGUCCCCCCUCUUAUCAUCCUGAAGGGAGACAUUCGCCACCAUUCCAUCUUAACCUUCCAACCAAGUAAAAUACAGAGCUGCAUAGUCCCAAGAAAAGUCAGAGAAGGCACUGAGCUGUAUUUUUUUUCCCAGAUUCCCCAAGGUCUUCGAAGCAAGUGCUAAUGAUCAUGGCCUAAGGUUUCUUAAUUCCACAUGAGUGAUGAUGGUUAAGCAAAUUAAUUGUAGCCACAUUUUCCUCAAUUGCACCAUAUUAGAGGACCGGAGUCCCUGAAGCCUUUCUAGACUAAUGGAAUUGGACAGUUUCACAAAAAAGUUUUAAAAGUUACUAAAAGCAUGCUCUGUGUCAGGCUGAAAGCCUGUCACUGAACUGUCAGCUCCAAAGGAUGUUAGAGGAAAUACAGUGAGCCCCCAGAGCUGCUUUUCCUGUGUGCAAGCUGGGAGCGCGAGUGGAAACUGAGGCAGGCUACCACUCUCCUCAGUGGGCUGCCAUGUAUAUAAAGGAGAACAAGCUGUCCUCUGAUGCCUGUAAGCCCCUGAGGCCCAGAAGGUAGAUGGUCUCACCUGCAUGAUUGCAUGAAAACUCUGUGUUUACUUCGUGUCUCCAGUUGGCCUGUUGAGAUUUUAUUAUUCCCCUGGGUCAUAGAAGUUUCCCUGACCUACUAGCUGUAAUAAAUAUUAUUCAUAAUAAAUUUUAUGUAAUAAAUUAUAUUAUUAUAUUAUUAUUAUCAUUAUUACUAUUUCCAGGUCUUGCUGGCUAUCUACUCAAUGGCCACUUUAAGAUCUACUUCAAACAAAAUUCAUCUACACUCCUCUGCGAAUAUUUUCAACUUUUCCUAAAUCAACCCCAACGAGGAAGCUUGGGGAAAGCCCUCCCUGAUGCCCAGCCAAACAUUCGAUGCCUGGGUGUGGCUUCUGGUAGGCAUUCCAACUUUUCUCAGGCUCCACGGCCACUGAAAGUGCUGUCCAUUCCUGGACAGACAACCAACGUCCUUCCUAAUGAACUCUCGCCUCUCAAAGCUCUUCCUCUGUCUUGAGUUCUAUCUGAAGCAUUUGGAUAAUGCUUUCUUCAAACCUCUAACAUUAUAUGAUAAUGUUAUUAUAACAUCAUAUAAUAUUAUAGCAUUAUAAUAUAAGAUUAUUCUUAUGCCUUCAAAAAUAUGUCUGUCUUCUAAACAGCCAAGAAAACAUUCAGAGCUCAGCACGUGGCAAUUCAAACACUCCAUGUAGUGAUGCAGCUCUUGUUUUCUCAGUCACAGCUCCCACUACCUGCCUCCAGGAUCGCGCACAAGCCCCAGGUCUGCCAUGUGGCUUACUUUGCCCUACCCCAUAUUGUCCCCUACAGUAGUGCACUUGUUGUGAACUUUAUCCUUGGUGUCUGUCCUCACUGAACUUCAGUCACUCAGUCAUAGAAGCACUCCCUGUUAUGAAAUCCUUUAUAAUUUGCACCAUUGUUCCUUGUAUACAUCUACUACGUUUCUCCUAUACCAUUGGACUGAGUGUUUAUAGCUUCGCUGUGAGCUUCAUGCCUUAUCAUUACUUCAUUACUCCAUCUACCAAAAGUUCCAGGGUUCCUGUUCCAGCCAAUAUUCUAGACAGUUAUAAAAAUAAAAGGACUUAGUACCCUCUCUCACAAAGGAGGGAGAUAAAAUAUGUCAGUAAGGUUGUGUGGUGAUGUAAGUGCAAUAAGGAAGUUCAAAGGGCAGAGGCUACAGGAACCCUGCUAAGCUCCGAAUUGCAUCCUUCAGUCCAGAUUUCCAGGUUUUGCUGCACAGCCUGCUCCUGGUAAGCACGUCCCAGCGGAGGCUUCCUCUGUCGCAAAGUUUGCUACAAAGACUGAAAUAAAAUCACUUUCUACUUGCUCCACUAGAUCCACUCUCAUCCCCUUCCUCCUGGCUUUGCUUCUCUGGAGGAGGCAGCGAUUGAGUCUAAGGAAGGUAUCAGGGACUUCCGGGCCUUCUGGCUCCAGUGAGGCUGAACCAAUGAACAGCACAGUGUGGGACCAGAGAGGGCGAACUGCGGAUACUCUACAUGUUUCCUUCCCCCCCAGCCCCCCAGCACAGGUUACCUCAGGCUGGCACAGUCUUUUGGCUGAAGGUCAGUGCUUCUCACAGGGGUCCAGUUCGCCUCUGUGACUGCCUGGUUCUGCUCACUGCUUCCUUCUCUGGCUCCUUAGAAACUGAGGCUUAGAACAGCCCCAGGGUGACUGUCCCUGAGUUCUCCCUGCACCCGACUCUCACCUUCACAAACAGCUCCUCAAAUUACCCAAGUCAAGUAUGCCAUCUGUUCCCUGCCAGGAUUCUGAAUGAUAAAACCGCUUUUCAAAUUUUCAGUUGCUGUCUGAAUGCGAGCUAUUUCUCAUUUAUCUCAGCACAGUGCUUUUCACAAAGCAGAAUGCUGCUAUUAAUAACGAACGGUGGGAUGAACGCACGCAAGAAUGAAUGAGUGGUCCUCUCCUCUUCUAGGGAUCCUGCCCUCCUCACCUUGACUGGAUAUUGCAAAGACUGUGGGGUUUUGUCUGGGAGGGUCCCUGUUCCCCUAGUGUUGUGUUACAGUGGUUUCCUACAAGACUGAAAUAUUCCAUUCUGCACAGAAGCUAUUUAAACAGGAGGGUAAACAACCCAAAAUAGCUUCCCCAGGUCCCUGAAACCUACCAGAUUCACUAGGUCCCUCCCUACCAGAGGGAGCAAUAAAAGCUGCAACAAAAACAAACAAACAAACAAAAACAAAAAAGACUCUCAAACCAGACUAGCUGCCAGGAAGAAGCAGCAGCUGAGGUGGGCUGCCUGGAAGAGGUAUAGACCAACCUAGAAAGGAUGCUCUGCCAUUGGCUGAGCUGCCUGCAGGCUGUGCAAUGGGCUCCAGGUCCCCAGCUCUGUGCAAGGGUGGGCCUUGGUGAUGCGCUGUCUUUGAGACAUUUCUGCUCCUGCUUCAUCCAUAUUUCUGAAAGUAAGCCCAAUAACACUCAGAUUCACGCAGUUGGACUUUGGGCAUACCUGUACUUUAGUCUAUCGUGGGCCCCUAUCUGGGGUCAGAGAUGCUUAUCUCCCCAGGAAAGGUUUUGUCACUCUACCCAGAGGACUGCGGACUCUGGGCAUGUUUGUGUCCCUGGUGGUUUCAUAUGAAUGGGUUAAUUUAGCUCACCUGCAGUUUCUAAAGAUACAUCUUUCUUCCACAGGCUGGUCUUUUACCUGUGGAUGAAAAAAUAGAUGACUUUCUUAUUCCUAUUGUUUUACUCUUUAGCAUAAAUGCUGGCACAUAAAUCAAAACCAAGCUGAUUGUUUCCGCACUAGAUUGGAAAGCAGCUAUCUUUUAAGGACCAGGAGCCCAGUCUGGGGCCAUGCUUUAAAACAAGGUACCCUGUGGUCAUCUUACACAAGUAAAGGCCCAGCUAAUUCUUGAUUAGAGAGUAGCCUAAACCAAUAGUCUAACCAAAACUAAAAAACAGGAUUCAACCAGCUCGAUAGUUACAAGGAGCUGAAAUCAUGGCUGAUUAGCACUUCUUGCCAAAUAAAUAUAUUUCCAGAAAUCAUAAUCUACCCUUACCUCUCUAAUCUCCACCUAAUUGAUGUAGAAAAUAAGACUUCUCCUUUUGUUUUAAUAUGACAGUUUCCAAGGUUGAUGGCUUACAAAUGAGAAACAGAUCCACGGGAACUGUCUUUAGAAAAUAUACUUUUGGGAUAGCAUUGGAAAUGUAAAUGAAAUAAAUACCCAAUAAAAAAAAAAGAAAAUAUACUUUUUGAGUCAACAUGUUUAAUAGUGUGCCUUGGUUUGGUACUAAGUAGGUAUUAUUCAUUAGAAAAUAAUUGUGUAACUGGAAUUCUUAAUUAAAACUUGUGAUGAGAAAUGAAUCUGUUUAUUUUGUAAUUAUGACCCAGAAAUGCAGAGCAUAUUGGAGUAGUUUAUGAACACAAUUCCAAAGACUUUAAUAUAGUAAAAGAACUCAUAAGGGUUUUUUAAAAACAGGAAUGCAGAGGAAACUGCACAAAUGUGCACACACUCUCUGGAGACCCACUCGUAUGUGAUAAGACUGGAAAAGUGAAUUGUUGGUGUAACAGGUCAGCAGUGAAAUGGAUAAGAACUUCCUGGCCAUCCCUCUGGACAUGUCUGGGAAAGCUCUCAGCCAGGGUUUUUGGUUUGUUUGUUUGUUUGUUUGUUUUAGCUUUGUAACAGAAAAGCAAAAUGUCCAUGGGGUUUUCUUUAAGGACCCCCUUUUAUGUUUCUCUCAAAAACAUAAGUUGCAACAGCUGCCAACACAAUAAUGAAAUGGAUCCAUAUUGUUUAAAUGGAGUUUGGUAGUUGCGAUCAACCUGACAAGAAAGUUUGUGAUAAAAAAAUAAAAAAAAAUAUUCAGGUCUGAAGUGGUUUUGUUGUUGAACCUACCAGCUGUAGGUUCAAAGACCAUAGGUAUCUUGGGGUCAAGGAAACUGGGGAGAUUGGUUUAUGGUACCAAGGUUUAGACAAGCUGUGUGUCUUUUGAGGCUCUUAAGAACCAUUCCUGAAAGCCCUGUAACAGAUUAGUGGGAGCGGGCAAGCUGGCCCUGUAACUGUUUAGUGAAGGUAGUGCAGAUUGGUCGCUCCUUUGUGUCAUCACCUCUAACUCAGCAGCAGAUACCCAAGGCACAGGUUUAAAUGCCUGUUAGCAAGUGAGUUGAUCGUUCUUGCUGCUGCAUCAGCAUUUAACUGGGCUUUGGGAUUUUUGGACAAGCCUAUUAUUACAGCUGAACACUAAUAAGGCUUACUAUUGAUUUUUAUAGCAGAGUAUCAAUUUCUUCCUGUCCCCCAUUCGGAAUGCCUUCCCUCCCUCAUAUUUUAGCUGUGUAAUUUGUAAUAACUCCAUACAUCUGAUGUUAGGAAACUGUCUAUUUCGCACCCUGACUGAAAAACAAACAGAAAAAGCAAAACAUGUAUUUGGAAAGAUAUAAAUUACCCAGAAUCCCAUUCUGUUUUGUUUAUUUGUUUUGUGUUGUGUUUUUAGCCAGUAGGUGGCUCUAGUGGCUUCUGGCAACAAGUCACAUUUUGUGCCUCUAAUGGCUGGACACUUCUAUAGAGAGAGAAUUUGGUGAUGUUGAAAUGAUCAGAGAAACACUAUCCUAUCACCCUAACCAGUAACACAGACAUUUGCAGCUUAAACAGUGGGGUUUAUUUUACUAUAGAUUUGCAUGGGUUUAAAUAAAUCUUAUUCCUUAUAGCUUACAAGUGACUCAGACAGUUGUGUGGAUGAUAGGAUGUAUAUAAUGUACAGAUAAAAGGAUGCUUAAUGCUCAUCUUUUGUCUGUCUUCAAAAAGACCUAGCAAUAUUAAAAGCUGUGGGGAAAAAUAGUAUUUGAAAGCCUCCAGUGUCCAUGCAGUGGCUCCUGUGAAAGCAUUAGUAAAAGUAAAGUGAUUGGUUUGUUUCCAAAAAUGCACGGUGCAUUUUCUUUACACAGAGCAAGUGGCAGAAAUUAUUCAUGCUAAGGUAGAAUAGUAAUCAAAAUAAGUAUUUUUUUUAAAAAAGUAAAUUUUUAUCAUUCCAAAUAUGGGCAUGGCUAUUGCCACACUAGCAUAAAACAGCAAUAGAAAUGAAUUAUGUCAGUAAAGUCUUGAGGCUUAAGAUUUACCAUGAUAAAUAUUUUUCAUUAAAAUGAAAUAUCUUGGCAGAGUCACUUUCAUAUGCAAACUCUUGACACAAGGAGGCCAGCUGUGUCUAUGCAGAUGCAGAGACGUGGGUCUGUAUUAUUAAUGAUUUAUUAUGGCAUGGAGAGCUUAGAUUAGUUUUGAAAGCAGUCCCUUGCCACAAAAACACUUUCUAUAAUGUGUGAGUGUAAGGAAUAGGGUGCGUGCAUUCCAAACUGAAGUCAUCAGAGAAACUGCCUCUCUCUUUGGAAUUCUGAUAUAUUUUAAACCAUGAAAAUCUACAUCCUACACUAUGUUAUUUGUGAAAAUUCAUGCAAAACAUUGUUCCCAUCAAUUGAAUAAUAGUAUGAAUAUCUGAAUUAAAAGACAUAACCCAUGCAGACAGGAGUAGAGAUAGAACUGAACAAAAAUCUAUAACACACCCAUUGAGUCCUGAGCCUCACAUUUCCUGUGAGUCUGAAUUGAGUUUCUGAUCCAGUUCUGUAGCAUCCCAGGAUUGCAUUGCCUUUGUGAUAUCUAGAAAAGUAUUGUCUAGUGUUUAUUCCAUGCCUGCUGUACUCCUGGCAAGAGGUUAAACAUGUCACCUGUAUUAUACCUUCCAGUCAGCCACAGAAGCCAUUUAAAGUUUUAUUAGCAUGCUUGUUUUGCAAAUAAGGAGACUGAAGCCCACUGUGGUUAAAUAAAUUAUCCAAAUCGCAAAUCUACUGGGAAGUGGCUGGAUUUGAAUGCAAACUGUAUAAACUCCAAACACUUCAUUCUUAGCGGUUGCUAUUCAGACCCCACUAAAUAAGAUGGAGCACACAAAACCUAAUUACAUGUGCGACAUUAACUAAAUCACCUACAUUUCUUUCUUCUGCUUCUUUGUUGUUGUUGUUGUUGUUAUUUUGUAGGUUUCCUCACCUUUAACAUGGUGUUAAUAAUAGUAUUUCCCUCAUAGAAUUGAUGCACACUAAUAUUUUUGAAAUGCUUAGAACAGCUUGGCAGAUGUUAAGCAUGGUAUUUGUUUCAUAGGUUUAACGGUUUAAUAGCUAGUCGUUUAAUGGUUAAGAAACUGCACUAUUUGAUAAUUGAUACAUUUUACUGAGAAUCACACGCAGAGAUUUUCUGUAGAUUUUAGAUUCCCUUUUAUACUUACAAUUCAAUUGGAAAUGAGUUAUUACUUAUCAUUGAUGGGAAAACCACACAGAGAAUACCAAAGUGUAUUUGUUAGCCAGGUAGAGUCAGCCUUUGGGGGAGGGGGGUGAAAAGUGUGUCUAUCCAAUUCCUGCCUCACCCGACUGAACAAACAUCCUCAGUGGGACUUUAAGACCUUGGGGCACAAAGUCGGUGCCUAGCAUGCAUUACUAUGGAGGGCUAUCGAAUAUAGCAGUAACACGCCUUUCUUAUCUGGCCCAGAAGAGAGUAUGAGAAUGUUGCAGGCUCUGGCGCCACACCUGUUCCACAAGUAUUUACUGAGUGUGCCCCCCAGUGCUGGGCACCAGGCCUGUCCAGGAAAGGAAGAGGAGAACCCUGGCCCAUUAACAAGUGUCCAGUUGGGAGACAUCCUAAGCAAGAUAAAUUAAAUAACAUUUCAUAACAGAGAAGACAGUCAUUCCGGCCCAUACAGAGGGUUUGUGGGCUGAGGGUACUCUGACACCUAGACAACUUGUUGUUCAAUCAAGAAAUCAGAAAUGAAGCUGAACCACUUUAUAGGAUACCAGAGAAAGCAGGAACAUCAGGAGAGUGUGCUCCAGUGAGGGGCAGAGUGUGAGCCAAUGUUAGUGCCUAGAGUGCAGAGUGGGUGGGAGAACGGGAAUUGGCAGAAGUUAACAGGAUUAAAGAGCUGAAUGGUAUGAAGUGGACAGAAAUGAUGGGAAUCAGAACCACUGCAGUGACAGCCGCCUGAGUGCUUUCCUUGGAUGCUUUUCUACUAAAGACUAAAUGAAGAGUGUCAUUUUCCUCUCAACACCCCCCAACUCCCACCCUUCCCCCUCUCACACACAACACAGACAUGGUAAAUCCUCAAGAGUAAUCUUUGACCUUUCUACCCAUGUCAUGCUCUGGCCUCUCGGCCUCCGACAGAGCAAACAGAAGGAUGACUCUGAGGUCCAGGCUGAUAUUUAAAGUGAAAACAUGUAAUUCAUGGUUUCAAAGGACCCAUCAGCAUAUUCUCCAGCAACCCACCAGACCAUCAUUCCUUUUAUUCCCGGAUUUAAAGACUCGGUCUGGGUAAAACUGUAAUCUCUGGGUAUCUUUUCCUCUAAGGCUGCCCACAUGUGCAGGAACCCAAUUUAUACUGAAUGUUGUAACUCACUCUUAGUAAUCUCAAUGCUCCAGAGUCUCUUCUGCUUCAGCAGAAGGACUGCCUCAAGUUUGAAGCCAGCCUGGGCUAAAUAAGCUCCAGGCUAGCCUGAGCUACAACGUGAGAUGUUGACUGGGGGUGUUUGUGGGGGGUGGAUUCAGGAAUCUGAAAUGAACCUUUGCUGCUCCUGCAGACAUGGGACAACUGGCAAACCUGUCGGGGUGGCCGGUGACUUGUUUCCUCACUUGGCAUCUUCACAGGGUGGCCAGUACCACCCUCUGCCCGCAGAGCAGAAAACAAGAAAUAACUGCUGGCCAGGAAACAGCCCCAGCUUUCUGGGUCAGAAGUUGGCCAGGGGAGGACCUUGACUGCCAAGUAACUUGCAGUGAUGUCAGAGCCCCACACAACCAGAAAACACCAGCCAACCAGGAACAAAAAACUUAACAGCAAAACAAAACAAAACAAAACAAAACAAAAAACAAACAAAACAAAAAAACAAAAAACAAAACCAACACUGAGCUAGCCUCGGAAGCUGCUCUUUCUGUCCCCCCAUCCCUUUCUUGUAACAGGAGGAACAGGGUGGGGGGGGGGAGCUUGCAUUUUAAAAGGGGUUGUCUUUUUUGAAGUUCCUUUUCAACUCCAGGGCAGUGUUCUUCCUAAAUGUAAACAUAUAUCUAUGUGCGAGAGAAAAGCAGGAAAAAUCAUAGACAAGAAUAUGCUUCCAUGCCGGGUCUCUCUUUCCAUGGUAAUUAACCACACUCAAAGGAAAACCAAAAGUUUGGCGGAAAUGCUCUCUUCUUUCUCUCUCUUUAAGAGAGGGCAUCAGGGUUGAUUCCAGCCACUUAGAACCCUUAAGUGAUACAUGAUUAGAUUGGAAACUAAUAAACAUAGCCCGUUCUUGGAAAUGAACUUUGAAUUAAGAUCCUCUUGUUUGGGAAUAAAUGAUUCUUUUAUUUCAUUUAUGACAGUCCGUACAUCUUAAAUGAUGUCGCUUCAAGGACAUUUUCAUUUCUCCCACAACGUAUUAAACGAAACACUUGCCUGUAAAACCGGCUCAUUAGCCUGCAAAAUUACACUGUACUGAAUGGCUUUCAUUCAAAGUGGAAAUAAGAUUUUUAGUAGGCAAUUUCUGUAUUUUCUAAAGCUACAGCUAUGUUUGAUUGCGUCUUCCCAGCUGUUUUACUUGGUGGUUAUAAAGAUAAAUGGGGGAGGGGGCUUGUAAAAUGAGCCAAAAAAUAAAUCCUACACUAGAAAACUAAGUCAAAACUUCGGGGUACAACUGCGCCCAUGGCACCACUGGGCUGCAGCAAUUUGUCCUCGGGACGUCUGGGGGAGUGUGGGAGAGUAGUGAGGGCGCCUGGAGGAAGGGAGAGGAAGGGAAGGGAGAGGCGGCUUUGCUGGCUACAGAGGCGGCGCCAGCUGGGCGACCCGGCUCCGGGAGGCGCGGGAGGAGCCGCUCGGAUAAGGUGGGAGAGCCUGGGCGCGCGGCCGUGCGCGAUCAGGGACGCGGCGGCCACCGGGGUCGAGGCCGCGGCGCGCGUGGGGCUCUGGGCGGCGCUGGCCGCUGUGGGAGCUGCAGAGUGGCCAGGGAGCGGAGAUCUAGGGGAGCGACUCGGAGAUGGAUCGAAUUACACCAUUUGCCGAGCAGCGGUUUGUUUUGCUCGCGCUGGGUCCCGCCGCCGCCGCAGCCGCCGCCAGGGCUGGAGCGAGUGAGUUUCAGGAUAGAUCGCAAGACGAGACCCGAGACCGUGGGAUUGCUCUUUCUGCACACUGUCUUGAUUGGCUCUUCUGUCUGACCGUGACAAGCUUCAUUUGUCUGUUUUUAAAAGCAGGCUUCCCCAUGAGAGGUAGCUAAGUGGGACUUCUGAGGAGGGGGAGCUCAGAUUUCUUCUUGGCCAACCAUGGGGUUCCUUCUGCUUUGGUUCUGCGUGCUGUUCCUUCUGGUCUCCAGGUUACGGGCGGUCAGCUUCCCAGAAGACGAUGAGCCCCUCAACACGGUUGACUAUCACUAUUCAAGGCAAUAUCCGGUUUUUAGAGGACGCCCUUCAGGCAACGAAUCGCAGCACAGGCUGGACUUUCAGCUGAUGUUGAAAAUUCGAGACACACUUUAUAUUGCUGGCAGGGAUCAAGUCUAUACAGUGAACUUAAAUGAAAUCCCCCAAACAGAGGUGAUACCAAGCAAGAAGCUGACGUGGAGGUCCAGACAGCAGGAUCGAGAAAAUUGUGCUAUGAAAGGCAAGCAUAAAGAUGAAUGCCACAACUUCAUCAAAGUCUUUGUCCCAAGAAAUGAUGAGAUGGUUUUUGUCUGUGGUACCAAUGCUUUCAACCCGAUGUGCAGAUACUAUAGGUUGAGAACGUUAGAGUAUGAUGGGGAAGAAAUUAGUGGCCUGGCACGAUGCCCGUUUGAUGCCCGACAAACCAAUGUCGCCCUCUUUGCUGAUGGAAAACUCUAUUCUGCCACAGUGGCUGAUUUCCUGGCCAGUGAUGCUGUCAUUUACAGAAGCAUGGGAGAUGGAUCUGCCCUUCGCACAAUAAAAUACGAUUCCAAGUGGAUCAAAGAACCACACUUCCUUCAUGCCAUAGAAUAUGGAAACUAUGUCUAUUUCUUCUUCAGAGAAAUCGCCGUGGAACAUAAUAACUUAGGCAAGGCUGUGUAUUCCCGCGUGGCUCGCAUUUGUAAAAACGACAUGGGUGGCUCACAGCGGGUCCUGGAGAAACACUGGACUUCCUUCCUUAAGGCUCGGCUGAACUGCUCCGUUCCUGGAGAUUCCUUUUUCUACUUCGACGUCCUGCAGUCUAUAACAGACAUAAUCCAAAUCAAUGGCAUCCCCACUGUGGUUGGGGUCUUCACCACACAGCUCAACAGCAUUCCUGGUUCUGCAGUCUGUGCCUUUAGCAUGGACGACAUUGAGAAAGUGUUCAAAGGGCGGUUCAAAGAGCAGAAAACCCCAGACUCUGUUUGGACAGCAGUUCCCGAAGACAAAGUACCAAAACCAAGGCCUGGCUGUUGUGCCAAACACGGCCUCGCAGAAGCUUACAAGACCUCCAUCGACUUUCCAGAUGACACCCUGGCUUUCAUCAAGUCCCACCCGCUGAUGGACUCUGCCGUCCCACCCAUUGCCGAUGAGCCCUGGUUCACAAAGACACGGGUCAGGUACAGGUUGACAGCCAUCGAAGUGGACCGUUCAGCAGGGCCAUACCAAAACUACACAGUCAUCUUUGUUGGCUCUGAAGCUGGCGUGGUACUUAAAGUUUUGGCAAAGACCAGUCCUUUCUCUCUGAAUGACAGUGUAUUACUCGAAGAGAUUGAAGCUUAUAACCCAGCCAAGUGCAGCGCCGAGAGUGAGGAGGACAGAAAGGUGGUCUCAUUACAGCUGGACAAGGAUCACCAUGCUUUAUACGUGGCCUUCUCUAGCUGCGUGGUCCGCAUCCCCCUCAGCCGCUGUGAGCGCUACGGAUCGUGUAAAAAGUCUUGCAUUGCAUCACGUGACCCGUACUGUGGUUGGUUAAGCCAGGGAGUUUGUGAGAGAGUGACCCUAGGGAUGCUGCUGUUAACCGAAGACUUCUUUGCUUUCCAUAACCACAGCCCUGGAGGAUAUGAGCAGGACACGGAGUACGGCAACACAGCCCACCUAGGGGACUGCCACGAAAGUUUGCCUCCUUCAACUACACCAGAUUACAAAAUAUUUGGCGGUCCAACAUCUGACAUGGAGGUAUCCUCAUCUUCUGUUACCACUGUGGCAAGUAGCCCAGAAAUUACAUCUAAAGUGAUUGAUACCUGGAGACCUAAACUGACGAGCUCCCGGAAAUUUGUAGUUCAAGAUGACCCAAAUACUUCUGAUUUUACUGAUACUAUAUCAGGUAUCCCAAAGGGUGUACGGUGGGAAGUCCAGUCUGGAGAAUCCAAUCAGAUGGUCCACAUGAAUGUCCUCAUCACCUGCGUGUUUGCCGCUUUUGUCUUGGGCGCGUUCAUCGCAGGAGUGGCCGUGUACUGCUACCGUGACAUGUUCGUUCGGAAGAACAGAAAGAUCCAUAAAGACGCAGAAUCCGCCCAGUCGUGCACAGACUCCAGCGGAAGCUUCGCCAAGCUGAACGGCCUCUUUGACAGCCCCGUCAAGGAAUACCAGCAGAACAUUGAUUCUCCCAAACUCUACAGCAACCUGCUGACCAGUCGGAAGGAACUGCCACCAAACACGGAUACAAAGUCCAUGGCCGUGGACCACAGAGGCCAGCCUCCCGAGCUGGCUGCUCUCCCCACGCCGGAAUCCACACCUGUCCUCCACCAGAAGACCCUGCAGGCCAUGAAGAGCCACUCUGAGAAGGCCCACAGCCACGGUGCUUCAAGGAAAGAACACCCCCAGUUUUUUCCUUCUAGUCCUCCACCCCAUUCCCCAUUGAGUCACGGGCAUAUCCCCAGUGCCAUCGUUCUUCCAAACGCCACUCACGACUACAAUACAUCCUUCUCCAACUCGAAUGCCCACAAAGCCGAAAAGAAGCUUCAGAGCAUGGAUCACCCUCUUACGAAGUCAUCCAGUAAGCGGGAGCACCGGCGGUCUGUGGAUUCCAGGAAUACUCUCAAUGAUCUCCUGAAGCAUCUAAAUGACCCAAACAGUAACCCCAAAGCCAUCCUGGGAGAGAUCCAUAUGGCUCAUCAAACCCUCAUGCUGGACCCGGUGGGACCAAUGGCUGAGGUCCCACCCAAGGUCCCUAACCGGGAGGCAUCUCUAUACUCCCCUCCCUCCACACUCCCCAGAAAUAGUCCAACCAAGAGAGUAGAUGUCCCCACCACUCCUGGGGUGCCAAUGACUUCUCUGGAAAGACAAAGGGGUUAUCACAAAAAUUCCUCCCAGAGGCACUCUAUAUCUGCCGUGCCUAAAAACUUAAACUCACCAAAUGGUGUUUUGUUAUCUAGACAGCCGAGUAUGAACCGUGGAGGCUAUAUGCCCACCCCAACAGGGGCGAAGGUGGACUAUAUUCAGGGGACACCGGUGAGUGUUCAUCUGCAGCCCUCCCUCUCCAGACAGAGCAGCUAUACCAGUAAUGGCACCCUCCCCAGGACGGGACUAAAGAGGACACCAUCCUUAAAACCUGAUGUGCCACCAAAGCCUUCCUUUGUUCCGCAAACCACAUCUGUCAGACCACUGAACAAGUACACGUACUAGGCCUCAAGUAUGCUAUUCCCGUGUGGCUUUAUCCUGUCCCUGCUGUUGCGAGGAAGCUGUGAGGGUACCUUCAGAUGAGAUACCUGCUUGUAUUUUAAGAGAAACAAGUAGCCAAAGAAACUCUGUCACUUUGGUAACACCAGAACUUGCCACAUGUAGCUACUACAGCAAGGCUUCUGUGUACUUGCCGGAAACGAAGGGAGGUCCUGCUCACUCCAUUUCUUUCGUUUGAAGCAGAAGGGAUGUGUAGCCAGGGAAGGCUCCCUUCACCAGUGUAAAGAGCUGAUACAGUACUCAGAAGACUGAACAAAUACUUGAAAAUGGGUUCAAUGUAGACUGCCAUUCUGUGUGGUCUUCCCAUUAAAUGUGAACAUUUUAAUAUGUAUGCAUUCACCUUGCCUCUUGCACAAAUGUCAAAAUGGAAAGAUGGGAAUGUCUCAAAACAAAAUGAGCUUGGAGAUUACCAAGCAGUUUGCUGAAAAUUCAAUCUUUGACCCAAACUGUAGCAAUUUUUAUUUUCUGAGUGUGGCACUGUUUUGUUUUAUUUUUUUGUUUUGUUUUGUUUUUCAAUGCCACCAACAAACUAUGUUAAGAGAGGGGCGAGUGUGUGUGUGUGUGUGUGUGUGUGUGUGUGUGUGUGUGUGAGAGAGAGAGAGAGAGAGAGAGAGAGAGAGAGAGAGAGAGAUCUACCCAUUAGAAUUGAUUUAGGUGCCCAUUGCAUCUUUUGUACUAUGGAGUUGUUUACAGUAAGCAUGACUGAACAAGCACUAACAUCCUCCUACACCGGUCCAUCGUGUUCGGCUCUGAUCAGGAAUAGACAAGGCUUCUUUGACUGUCAAGUGAUUAACAUAUGGUACCCGGUGUCAGAACAUUUAAGCGUUCUAAAUAAUUUUGUGCUGCUAUCCAUCAGAACGUCUAUUCCAGCCUUGCCAGCUUAAGAACUUAGAGAAAUUAAGAGGUAUCUUUGAUGUAUCUACCAGUAUUCAAUAGUAACAUUUACCUGUCCACUGUGAAUCAAAGCCUGGGGCACGCUACUCAACCUUAGACACACUUACAGGCUUUUAUUUUGAUUGUGUUAUUUUAUUUUCCAUACAGUAAAAAAUGUCCUCUCUUAACUCCUCUCACCCCCAACUCCCAAGGCAAAAGAGAAACCAAAAGUAGGACAAAAGAAAGAGACAGACAGACAGACAGACAGAACAGGAAUUACAGUUGGCUUAGCAGGGAGGAUCUGUAGAGCUCUCGAUGAUCCUUCCUCCAUGUGUGUCCUGUGAGGAUUUUGCUCAUGAGUCAUGCAGGCAGUGACAGUGAACUGUAAAUACCACAUGUGAGUUUACCUGGAUCUGUGCAUUUUGUGCCUUAUUCACUCGAGUGGUAGAAGUUCCGCGGUAUGUUGAGUGUUUCCACUACAGAGCAUCAUUUCCCAUGUGCCACUUGUAAAUGUUUUGCAGCCAGCACCUGAGGACUUCUUAUACAGUCAUAAAGCCACCUAGAGCGAUUUGUUGUUGAGCAACGCCGCCCCUUCCCUCCAGGAUCAGAAGCAGCACCCACCCUUGCCAUGAUAAACAUUCCAUCCCCUGCUGUUCUGAUAAUGUGAAGUCAGAUGAGGGUUCCCAGGUUAUGUGGCACCUGCGGAAACCAUGUCUAGAGUCGUUUCUAUGUAGCUUGGCAGAGCCCACUGAUGGCUGCAGGUGUGUAGCCUACUGACAGCUUUGGUUAACCCACUGCACAUCACCCAGUCAUUUACCCAACUUACUCUAGAAAUGUCCACAGCUAAGGAAGGCUCCUGAGCCAGUCAGGCGGAGUUCAAGUGAUAUCUUGGGACAGUGACCAUGGUCUGCAUUACUUGGGGGAGGAUGGGGUACAAGACACCAGAUCAUUUUUAUACAGGAUGUAGAGUACUGAUGCGGUUGAUCUUUUCCUUCAAGAACAUUCUUUUCUAUAGAAAAAUGAUUCCCUGUGAUCUUCUGGAAGCUCCAAAGCUGAAACCCUUCAGCUUUGCAACUAAAAAUAUUACAGUUUAAUAAUCAAUUAAACCAACCAACAAUAAGCACUACACAUCUGCCACCAACAAUGUUGUUUGCAUUUACCUUACCAAUAUUAAUCCCAGCGUGGUAACUCUGUGUGACCCCGAUAACAUUUUGUAACAUUGUGCUGCCUUAGAGUUUGUACUGUGAGUUCUAUCAGUAUUUAUGUUGAAAUUUCUAACAUGGAUUCUAGUCUCUAUUCUGUUAAUUUAAUUUUAAAUGCUUUAUCCAUUUGUGCAAAGGUAAACACAGAUUGUAUCUUUUUUAAUGGUACGGCAUAAAAAAAUAACCCUAAAGUGAAGUGGCUCUAUACUGUUUUAUAGAGUACUUUAACGUGUAUAGAUAUCUUGUAAACUUGUAUUGUGGAUGUGUAAAUAAUAUGUACUUUGGGUUUUUAACACCGCAUGUAAAGUCAAAAUAAAAUAUCCAAGUCAUUACA